CUGAGUGCUGGCAUGCAGAUAUAGAUCUAUGAAAGACACAUAACAGAGCAAGAAGUAUUUUUGUUGCUAGAAGACCCUGAGAUUUUGGAGUCAUUCGUUACCAGAGCAUAACUGAGCUAGAGUGGAGUGAUAAAGAAACAGUUUCUUAAAACUGUAAAAAUAAGAGAGCAGUAGUAAAGUGAGUUUUUAAAGGAAGCUACCCAUGAUUUACUCCCUAACCUAACCAAAUAGAUUUACUCUCUACAUGUGCCUACCUGCAAAUGUGCUGAAACAGACCAUUACAGUUCAUGUUGCUUCUCCCCCUGCAUUUCUUCAGAGAAGGAGCCUGUGGUGGAGGAACACCAACUCCCCCGCUAGAGGAGGCCAGAGGAAGGGCCUGUCUGCAGAGCCCUUGCCCAGCACAGAGCCGCUCUUGUCAGGCAGUGGAGUGAAACGGAGCAAAGCCAUUUCCUCAGCAUCCUUCGACUCUUGGAAAAAGUAAUGCCAGGUGUUUGCAAGAGCAGGCCCUUGGACCUGGUGUUCAUCAUCGAUAGUUCUCGUAGUGUACGGCCCUUGGAGUUCACCAAAGUGAAAACGUUUGUCUCGAAAAUAAUCGACACUCUGAACAUCGGGCCAGCGGACACACGGGUGGCAGUGGUGAACUACGCCAGCACCGUGAAGAUCGAGUUCCAUCUCCAGACCCACUCGGAUAAGCAGUCCCUGAAACGAGCCGUGGCGCGGAUCACGCCCUUGUCUACAGGCACCAUGUCAGGCCUGGCCAUCCAGACGGCGAUGGAUGAAGCCUUCACAGUGGAGGCAGGAGCUCGAGGGCCCUCUUCCAACAUCCCCAAGGUGGCCAUCAUCGUGACCGACGGGCGGCCCCAGGACCAGGUGAACGAGGUGGCGGCGCGAGCCCGCGCAUCCGGUAUUGAGCUGUACGCUGUGGGCGUGGACCGGGCCGACAUGGAGUCCCUCAAGAUGAUGGCCAGCGAACCCCUGGACGAGCAUGUUUUCUAUGUGGAGACCUAUGGGGUCAUUGAGAAACUUUCCUCUAGAUUCCAGGAGACCUUUUGUGCUCUGGAUCUGUGUGCGUUGGGCACACAUCAGUGCCAGCAUGUGUGUAUCAGUGAUGGAGAAGGCAGGCACCACUGUGAAUGCAGCCAAGGAUAUUCCUUGAAUGCUGAUAAGAAGACAUGUUCAGCUAUUGAUAAGUGUGCUCUUAACACUCAUGGCUGUGAACACAUCUGUGUGAAUGACAGAACUGGCUCUUAUCAUUGUGAGUGCUAUGAAGGUUACACCUUAAAUGAAGACAGGAAAACGUGUUCAGCUCAAGAUCAGUGUGCUUUGGGCACGCAUGGCUGUCAGCACAUUUGUGUGAAUGACAGAGCUGGGUCCCACCACUGUGAGUGCUACGAGGGUUACACUCUGAAUGAAGAUAAAAAGACGUGUUCAGUUCUUAACCAGUGUGCCCUGGGCUCUCAUGGUUGCCAACACAUCUGUGUGUAUGACGGCAAUGCCUCUUAUCACUGCGACUGUGACACUGGCUACACCUUGAAUGAAGACAAGAAGACAUGUUCAGCCAUUGAAGAAGCGCGAAGACUCAUCUCCACAGAAGAUGCUUGUGCGUGUGAAGCCACACUGGCAUUCCAGGAUAAGGUCAACUCAUAUCUGCAGAGACUGAACUCGAAACUUGAUGACAUUUUGGAGAAGUUGCAAGCAAAUGAAUAUGGACAAGUACAUCGUUAAACUACUCAAAUGUUUUACCUGGAAAUAACGAGCAUUUGGUGCAGUAAAUACUUGACCAUACUCGAGUGUUCCUGCUAGAAAUCUGCCAUUACAAAUGCUUGAAUGCUACUGGAUCUUCUGGUGAACCAGUAUCAUUUUUCUAAGGACAGAAAUGUCCCUGAUUAAGUGCAAAUUUUAGUGUCUUUAAGCUAUGACUGUGAAAUAGUUGGUAGAAAAUAGAAGGAAAGGUUUCAUAAUUUUUUUACUUCUUUACUAAUUGAGCCAUUUAAUUUUUAAAUGUUUGUAUUAGUAAGAUAAUCAUACUUAAAAUGGAAACUUUUGAUCUAUUUUUUUUCUUGAUAUAGUAUAAACCAGUCUUGUUACUUUAGAGUGUAACUUGUAGAGGGUAUUUACACAUAAAAGUUCAUAUAAUUAAAUUGAGAUGAAUAUAGUUUAGAACUAUAUCGCUAACUUUUUUUGUUUUUUCUCAUUUUUGCCAGGGUAUUGUUGAAGCUGUGAUCAGGGGAUUGUAAUACAUAUAUCUAAAUAUAGUUAACACAGAUUAAGUGAGUUGUUACAUGCCAUUUUUAAUUCAUUCUGAUGUUAGAAAGAGACACACAACUACAGACUUUAGUUGUGAGUUAAAUGUUAAACUAUUUACCAAGAACAAAAAAUUCUAAAUUUACUUGUUUUACUUUAGAAUUCAAUCAAUAAAAUUAUAUAUUUAUAAAUAUUGCUAUAACAACAUAACCUAAUGUUUUUGAAAAUGUUCAUGAUAAGCCUGUUUUUUCCACUUACAUAUUUGAUAAAAAUUUUUUUUUCAGCUUUAACGCUUAUAACUUUUAGAAGAAAGUAGUUCUUUAAAUCAUAGAUGAUUCAUUCUUUUUUGGUUUAUGUUGUCUUUACUAUAAUAAAAACAUCAAUAUCUAUAUAUUAUUGUCAUGAUUUUUUUUGACUUAUAUCAACUUUGUCUGUUCAUGUAUUUUCUUAAAUUAAGCUGAAUUACAAUUAUUUUGAAAAUGAAACAUUUUCUUGUCAAUGAAACAAUGUCAGUCAAAAUAGUGUUAUGACUCAUCCUAUAAUUUAAUCUCAUGCUCUCAAAGUUAAAAUUUUAAGUUCAGGUUAAAUAGAAAGGCUUUGUUCAAGAAUAUUGUGGGAGAGGGAAUAAAACAGAAUUACAUAAAUUCAGAUUAAAUAAUGAUGAAGGUACAUUAAAAUAAACACCUGAAAAGAAACCCAGAAACAAUUAAAAACAACUAAACUGUCAAGGGAAGAAAUGAAAAACAAACACAUCAAAGGCAAUAAAUAUUAUAUGAAACAUAUAAUUUCUCAACAUUUUUGAAAGGACCAUACAGCAAGUGCUAUCUUCCAAACUUCUUUGAGCACACAAUCAGUUAUAUUAAUAUAUCACAAAGAAAUGGUAUUACGGGGGAAUAAAUGAGAGCUCAUGUACAAGGACUAUGGAAAGGUAUUUAGAGACAAAUUUUUAAGGAUGUGACCAUCAGUAGCUUCAACUAAACAUGCCUUAAACUUAACCAGUUGAUUAGAAUUCCCCCGGCUUAGAAAACGGAUUUUUGUUUCCUGAGUCCAGUAUAGGGAACCUGUGAUCAGGUGCCAGAAAACAUAUAGGGAUAUUAUCUGGUGCUGAAAAAGAUAACACAUACAUUUGAAAACAAGUAUGUAUUAUCCAAAUAUAUUAAGUUUAGUAAGGAUUUCUCAGGGAGACCUGUUUUGUGCAUUUGGCGGGCACAAUUGGCCAAAAGGAACAUCACAGGAUAUAUAAAAAUGGCCUUGGAAGCAGACAGGAAUGUUGGAAUGGAAAAAGCAUAUUGGCUUGCUUAAAGUGUGGGCACCAAAGGAAAACAAUUUAAGACUGAAAGAAGAUCUGAUUUUAGCUCCAGUUUAGAUCUGACAGGAAAGGUACUAGGAUUUAUUGUCAAUUUCCCAGUAUGCUGAGUGAGACAACAGACUCAGGUCAAAGGAUCUGAACAUUAUUUGCUGGGGAUGGGGAAAGAAUUCAGGUGGGGAAAUUAGAUAAAUUGGAAGGACUGCUGCUGAAGCUCCAAUACUUUGGCCACCUGGUGUGAAGAUUACUGACUCAC